AAUCAGCUGUAGGGGCGUGGUCUAGCCACAGUUCUUUACUGAGACCGUUCGGCGCCGCUGGUCUCAGUGAAAUCUGAUCUCUGACCCCGGAAACGAAAGAGUCAAUGUCUUCCAAGCAUUUAAAGGGGGAGAGAGUGGUGCAGCUUAAUAUUGCUACAUGAUUACAAGGGCAAAGGACCCCCGAGGUUCCUUCAAGUAGAGGACACUGCCUCCUAAUUGACUCAAACAUGAUGCCCAUCGAUGAUGCGACUGAAAGGGUAUUACACUUCACUCUGGAGAUCAUCUACUUGCUGACAGGAGAGGAUUAUGGUCCUCUGAAGAAACCUGCAGAGGCUGUAAUACCUGAUGCCAAUUCUCCCUUGUCAAGAAAGAAAGGCAGGAACCGAAGCUCCAUGGUGGCGCCUCCACCCCUGAUCCUUGAGGAGAACAAUGAGCAGAAGAUUCUGGAACUCGCCAACAAGAUCAUUGAGCUGCUGACUGGAGAGGUUCCUAUAAGGUGUCAGGAUUUCACUGUCUAUUUCUCCAUGGAGGAGUGGGAGUAUUUAGAAGAUCACAAGGAACUGUACAAGGAUGUCAUAAUGGAGGAGAAACAGACCCUUAUAUCACCAGUUGAAUUAGUUUUUCCUGGAUGCUGUGUGACUCAUAUAAACAGGGAAUAUGUCACCGAGGAUGGAGAAUAUUCCACGGACAAUUCCAUGUUUGCAGCCACAAAUCAUUCACAAGAAGAUCCAUCUCCUUAUGUUAAACGUGAUAUCUUGUGUAGCGAAGGAAAGAAAGACACAACGGACAUGUGCACAGAUCAUACGGAUUAUGUAUCUUUCCUUAUAAAGGAAGAAGGAGUAUUAGGAAUUGAGGAGAAUCCCAGUGACAUUUCUGAACCCAGCAGUCCCAAUGAGCCACAUCCAGCUCAACAUUUAAAGGGGGAAACCAUCUCUUUUGGAGAAAACCUCACAGACAUUGACAUAUGUAUCACUGACCAUACUCAACAAUAUCCAUCUUCUCAUAUUAAUGAGGGGAAAAAUCUAACAAAUGUUUAUUCACCAACCGAACAGCCACAACAAUAUCCAACUUCUAUUAAGGAGGGACCACAAUCCGGUCAACAAGGACAGCGAACUACCAUUUAUGUAACACAAAGUCAUACCUAUUCUACACGUAUGAAAGAGGAACCACUCUCACGUGAUGAUGAAGAAGAGCUCACAGAUGCGGACAUCGAUACACCUUCAGGUCACACACAAGAUCAGUCGCCUUCUGUUAUAGAGGACGAAAUCUCGUGUAACGGAGAAAAUCGCAACACCAAUGUGUAUACCCCAACAGAAUAUGAACAAUAUACACCUGGUCAUACUAAGGAUGGACUGGAACUUUGGUCUAAACCAGAUGUGUUUUCUUUUUCGUGCUCGGAAUGCGAUAAAAGUUUUCAUUGUAAAUCUGAACUUCUCAUGCAUCUACCAGUCCACUCUGGGGAUAAGCCUUAUAAUUGUUCUGUAUGUGGUAAAUGUUUUACCAACCUUUCCUAUCUUAUUACACAUGGGAAAAUCCAUGCAGGAGAGAAGCGUUAUUCUUGUCCCGAUUGUGGAGUAUCUUUCACCAGAAGCUCAAACCUCAAGGCCCAUAAGAGGAAACACACUGGAGAGAAACCCUAUGUAUGUCCUGAUUGUGGAAAGUCUUUUUCCAGUAACUCCAACCUCAAUGCCCAUAGGAAGAGACACACCGGAGAGAAGCCAUAUUCUUGUCCUGACUGCGGGAAGAGUUUUAUCAAUAGAUCACAUCUUGUGGUACAUCAAAGAACCCACACGGGAGAGAAGCCGUAUACUUGCCCUUUAUGUAUUAAAUGUUUCUCCAACACAUCUGACCUUGCUAAACACCGGAAGAUCCAUAACAAAAAACCCUAUUACUGCAGUAAAUGUGGGAAGUGUUAUAAAAGUAACCCAGAUUUUCAUAACCAAAAACUACAUAUAUGUCAUUCAUAAAAAUUCCAAAAUGGAAGUGGUAAAUGGUUUUUGCCUAGAUAUCAUAGUCUUAUCAAGGAAGGAGCUUCUUUCUACCUGAUAGGUAAAGAACUAUCUGUAAGUUGCCUAGUGGCGAUUGGAAAGAGAAGCAACAACUGCUUUGAGCACAUUUCUACCUCAAAAAUGUGGUUGUCACUCUUGACAUCCAGUUGUUUCAAAACUACAACUCCCAGCAUGCCCGGACAGCCGUUGGCUGUCUGGGCAUGCUUAGAGUUGUAGUUUUGCAACAGCUGGAGGCACCCUGGUUGUGAAACACUGCACUAAUGUAAUCCAUAUUUACCUAUGUACAUGAAUGGGUUGCAUGCUUAUCAUGUCUGUAUACAUAAGUUACAGUAAUGUCUUAUCAUGUCUGUAUACAUAAGUUACAGUAAUGUCUUAUCAUGUCUGUAUACAUAAGUUACAGUAAUGUCUUAUCAUGUCUGUAUACAUAAGUUACAGUAAUGUCUUAUCAUGUCUGUAUACAUAAGUUACAGUAAUGGCCGUAAAUGUUGGCACCCCUGAAAUUUUUCUAAAAAA